AUGACGGCUCUCCACCGAUCUCGUUCUCUCACAUUGCUUCUCAAGUCUUCGGAGUAUUCUAUGUUGGAUACCUUCCUUCUUACUGGAUUCGUUUGCGGGCCAUUGCUCCCGCUCUACCAGCCGGAGCUCCCUCAGGCUUUCUGGUACGGCUGCUGCAUUUGA